AGGAAGCCUACGCGCCUCAGGCGCCCUUUCCCAGCAAUUCAGUCUCCUUGAAGGACGCAUUGCAUCGAAAGCUAUACUUUUAUCUGCUAAGGACGGUCGCGCUAUUUCCAAGGUCGGUGGGAACCGGGAGAGCAGGGGAUUUGGAAGAAGAGACGAGAGGAGGGAAUGCGAAAGCUAUUGCAGCCGAGGCGCUAUUCUACCAGGGCGGCGAGCAACCCAAAUGCCGCCUCCUUCCCUCCGCUUUCCCCUCCCAGCUUCAGGCAGAGAAGGCUCCUCCUUUUCCUGCUGGGUUUUCUGGCUGUAGCCGCACAGGCGGCGCCGGCUGUUGCUACAGGCGCGGCGGGCUGUGCGCGUCUCCCUUUCCUCUUCCGAGCGGUUCCGGCGCCCGCGCAGCGCCGCCCUCCUUACGCCAAGGAGGAGGCGCGCUGCCUCCUCAUUGCAUUUCUGCAGCCCGACCAUGCGGGCGCCGCAGCCCGUGGCGUUGUUGGCCUGGGCGCCAAGCAGCUGAUUUGUAAAGAGGAGCCGGGAAACCAAACCCAAAUUGCCCCAAACAGGCUCGGGGGCCGCCGUCGAGGAGCAUGUUUCGCGCUUUCUUGGUUCCUUGGCGCGCCGGCGCCGGCUGCUCCUCCUCCUGCUCGCCGCGUCUGGGUUUCAGGCGUUAUGGGAGACUGGCCCUCCUCCGCCUAUCAGCCGGCGAAGGGGCUUCAGCUGCUGAAGGCAAGCAUCUUCUGGGCGUCGCUUCCCGGAGAGCAAGGUGCAGCGGUGGUCCGGAGCGCGGGACCAAGUGGAUCAAGCCCGCGGGCCGGGACAGCGGAAUCCAGGCGUACAACAGCCUGAGCAGAAGGAAAGAGCCUCUCAUCCUGCGAAACGCGGAUGUGGUGACUUGGUAUAGCUGUGGACCUACUGUCUAUGACCACGCACACCUUGGGCAUGCUUGCUCCUAUGUUAAAUUUGAUAUAAUUCGAAGAAUACUGACAAAGAUAUUUGGAAAGGAAGUCGUCAUGGUGAUGGGGAUUACAGAUAUAGAUGAUAAAAUAAUUAAGAGAGCCGGUGAGAUGGGCAUAUCACCAGUGUCUCUUGCUCGUUUUUAUGAGGAGGACUUCAAGCAAGACAUGGAUGCUUUAAAGGUUCUACCUCCUACAAUAUAUAUGAGAGUGACUGAAAAUAUUCCUCAGAUCAUUUCUUUUAUACAACAGAUCAUUGCUAGCGGGCACGGUUAUGCAACAUCGAAAGGUAAUGUUUAUUUUGAUGUCCGUUCUAGGGGAGACAGAUACGGAAAGCUAACGCAGGUUUACCCUGACACCCAAGAGGAACCAGCCGACAGCGAUAAGCGUAACGUGAAGGAUUUCGCUCUUUGGAAGGCAGCCAAACCUCAAGAGACAUCCUGGGUUUCUCCCUGGGGGAAUGGAAGGCCUGGCUGGCACAUUGAGUGUUCAACGAUAUCAAGUCUGGUGUUUGGAGGACAUUUGGAUAUCCACACUGGUGGAAUCGAUCUUGCAUUUCCUCAUCACGAAAAUGAAAUUGCUCAAUGUGAAGUUUAUCAUCAGUGUGAACAAUGGGGAAAUUAUUUUCUACACUCUGGACACCUGCAUGUUAAAGGGAGUGAGAAAAUGUCAAAAUCACUGAAAAACUACAUUACCAUUAAGGAUUUCCUGAAGAAGUUCUCACCUGAUCAGUUUAGGAUGUUUUGCUUACGGAGUGGAUACAGAUCAGCUGUUGAAUACAGUGAUGACAGCAUGAAUGAUGCAAAGAACAUUCUUCAGACAAUCUGUUCUUUUGUGAGCAGUACACAUGCCUACAUGAAAGGACAACUUUUGUGUGAAGCCGUUAGAGAAGAUCUACUGUGGGAGAGGCUAGCCAACACCAAAGCAGCGGUGAAGUCUGCGUGUGCCGAUGACUUUGACACCCCCAGGGCUAUUGGUGCAAUUAUGGACCUCAUUCACCAUGGCAACAGGCAGCUGAAGGCCGUCACUAAGGAAAGUGGAUCGCCUACGAGCGCUGUUGUGUUUGGAGCAAUUCUCUCCUACAUCAUGGAAUUCCUUCACACAACUGGGAUCACCCUUGCGGAAAGACAGGUAGCUCCAGAAAACGAACAUUCAGCCAUGCUCUCCAACGUGAUAGAUGAACUGGUGAGCUUCCGAACCAAAGUGCGCAGUUUUGCCCUUGCGGCACCUGAGGCUGCGGGGGGCGUGUCCGCAGAUGGCGCCCCUCUGUCGAAAGAAGCCCGGCUGCAAAAGAAAACCGAAAGGCAGCAACUGUUGAAGGACCGAGCGCCCCUCUUGCAAGCCUGUGACAGCCUGCGUCGAGAUCUAGCCAUAUACGGCAUCGACAUAAAGGACAGAAGUACUACUUCUACAUGGGAACUUGGAGAGCCCAGUAAAGAACAGGAAAAGAGCUGAUAAAAAUAAGAAGUACAGACUGAGUGACUUAAUACUGUGGCGAUUUAAUGGAUUUUGAAAUACCCUAGCUGAGAGAAUCCUCGUCCUUCAAUUACUGGGUGGCAGAAAUAAUUCUUAAAACUGUCUACUUCAAAUUUAAAAGCAAGAAGCUUCGCCUGUUUUCUGAAAAGAUUGGUGUGGUGUGGUGUGGUGGGGAGGAACAAUUGCAAAUCUGUCAUUUAUUACAGCAGCUCUCCUGUAUUCUCACUUAUGGAAUCCUUUGACUCUACUUCAGCACCUCAAGAGUUUAAACACUGCUUCAACUGCGCCAUCUAGAAAAUAGAAUUAAGUGAAAAUACCAUUGUCUGCUGUAGCGGCACAAGAGGAGAUGGCAUUAUUUGAAUGUAUGUGGGGAACCCGAGGAACUUCUAUCUGCCUGGAAAGCUGACAAACGAAAGCAGGAAAGGGAGAUGAAAUUCCUACAUGGCUGGCUGCCAUGUUUCCUUUUUGGUUUUAGAAGAAGAAAGGAGGAAUUCCCAUGGGUAGCAUACACUUCCUGUCCCCUCAAGUUCCAAUCUCUAUAUGCCAUGUGACUUGUUUCAUAUUUUAUUUUCUGGCAAUGACUUGAUUUUAUCGCCCCCCCCCCCCAUCUCAAAUUCCUGAUCGUAUAUUUCAAACAGCAGUUGUAGCAACCAAACUUUUAAGAUUUACAGUUGGGUGUAAUACCUAUCUAUGCACAUAGGCUUGUUUUAGCAUAGGGCAUCAUUCAACUGGCUGCUGUGGAAGAGUCCCUUCUGUGUCUCUAAAAACAGCAACACUGUAGUAAGAGACUAAACUAAUGGUUUGGACACAGCUUGGGUAGAUAGAAAGGUUAAUGCUGCAAUUGGGACUUUCAGCACCAUCACUUUUGGAAGGCAGAAGGUGGCACUAUUUGCAUAUUAUGUGAAUACAAUUAAAACAUCAUUAAAAUGUUGUCUUGAAGUUUA